CCUAUUCCUUGCAUCACCUGUUUGUUUACUCCAACCCUCUUUAAAAUCAUACCCUCUCUCUCUCAACCCUCUCAGGGACUUUCUUUAACCAUCCCAACUCUCCCUUUCUCUCUCUAAAAAUGAAGAACAAUAUUGGAAACAACACAAAGCUAAUCCUCCUCCACCCCUACAUCCAAAAACAAGGCAGCUCAAACCGCCUAUACCUUCUAGCCUUCAUUUCAUUCUUCACAUUAGCCUUCCUUCUAACCCUAAUCUACACCAGAGACUCCAUAGCCACCACCGUCACAGCUGCCGCCACCUCAGUCGCCACCGCCACCACAAACACACCGCCACUGUCGAAAGCCGUCAUGAAGGCACUCCUCCACUAUGCCUCCACCUCCAACACCACCGAAGGCAUGUCCUACACCGACAUGAAACCCAUCUCCGACGUCCUCCGCCAGUGCUCCUCCCCCUGCAACUUCCUCGUCUUCGGCCUCACCCCCGAAACUCUCCUCUGGAAAGCACUCAACCACCAUGGCCGCACCGUCUUCAUCGAUGAAAACCGGUACUAUGCGGCGUACAUGGAGGAAAAGCACCCGGAGAUCGAGGCAUACGACGUGCAAUACACGACAAAGAUGAGCGAAAUGAAGGAGCUGAUAGCAACAGUGAGAGAACAAGUGCGGAAUGAGUGCAGGCCAGUGCAGAACCUUCUGUUCUCGGACUGCAAGCUCGGCCUAAACGACCUUCCGAACCAAUUAUACGAAAUAGACUGGGAUGUCAUACUAGUUGAUGGGCCGAGAGGUUACUGGCCAGACGCACCUGGGCGUAUGGCGGCAAUCUUCACCGCCAGCGUACUCGCGAGGAGCAAAAAGGGUAACGGCGGAGCCAAGACACAUGUUUUUGUGCAUGAUUUUAAUAGGGAGGUGGAUAGGGUUACUAGUGAUGAGUUUUUGUGCAAAGAAAAUUUGGUGAAGUCAUCAAAGGACAUGCUUGGCCACUUCGUUGUGGAGAGAAUGGAUGAGAAUAGCUUCCAAUUCUGUAAGAGCCAUACGACGUCGUUGUCGUCAUGAUCAUCACCUUCAUUAAUUAUCUUGAUCGUUUUGUCUUAUUUUAUAUAUGUUCAUAUAUCAUUUGUAAUCGGUACUGUGGUCAAAUUAUACAAAGAGUUCGAUUUUAUUAUUUAUCAUCAAUUUGGUUUUUUGGCUUUAUUUUUUUUAAGGUUGUGGGGUUGAAAAUGUAAUUAUAAUGUCUUUGGCAAUGGUAAAUCUCUCCAAUAAGAGAAGAGAAUUAUUCAA